CAGAUAGUUCUGACGGUGGAAUGUCAACUUGAAUUAAGACAAUUAUGUACUGAUGUGCUAAUUUCCUUGCCGACAUGAGAGCUGAAAUAAAUCUCCUGUUGGCAACAUCGGGUACAAGUCUCAAACUUGAUGAAUAUGCGUAGUGAGACGUGUCUCCUAACCUCUUCGAUUUUUGGAACGACUUGCUUCGAUUCAAGAGCUCAUUUGGCAACACAGCUCAUGAAUACAUCUGUCAUCUACUCGCAAGGAUCAGAAAUGGCGUGUUUCGAUUGACAAUAUUACUAAAAGCUUGUCGCGGUAAGGCGUGAACGUGGGUUGUCACGAUAUAGCAAGCGUCGUAUCCGUCAUAAUACCUGAUGACUACUAAUUUAAUACUAUUUGGGAAGAUAACAUCGUGCCCUUUGCUUUCUCAUCCGUCAAAUCAUUGACACCAUAUUUGAUAGGUAGACAUUUCUACCUUCGCGUCAUUGCAAUGGCUUCCGACUACCUUGUGAAUCACAGCGCUAUGACAUGCCAAAAUUACCGACACAACUCUCAUAUUUUGGCCAGCCUUCAAAGAUGUUUGCCGAUACAAAGAUUGCUAUUGUCGACCAUUUACGUGCUCUCCGUCUUGCCCAUGCAGUAUAUAACGAAGACUACCAGGCCGUUAGGAUUUCGUUAGAUGUUAAACAUGUAGUGUGCCCUCGUGUCUGUUCGUAAAUGCGGCAAAGGAUCCCACUGCCUCGGCCUACAGAGCUUAAACGACGUGACCAGUAGAUCCUUAGUUGUGCAGUUUGCUUACAGCUCAACUUUCCGGAAGCCGUUUUUUGCUGACUGUCGUACUAGAAAGAGGUACUCGCGAGACUGGAAUAUGCUUCUGCCGUUUACUACGCAUCUUGACUAAUAGAUAUUGAACGAUCUGCUCUUACCCUGACUUGAGGAAACUCUUUGCAUUAAUUCUUGCAGCUCAUACAUUUCUAUAAAUGUGCCGAUCUGCAUAGCAUGCCAAUCCUAUAGUUUGCCGCGAAUGAGUUAUACAGAUGCGUGACUUGUUGUCAGAAAAAAAGCACUUUGCUAGCUUCUUCUUCUCUUUAUUUCUGGCACGCAAAAGAAGCUAACCACUAGAUCACCAAUACACGACCAGACACCAACUGAACGAGUUCUAUUGCCUCUUCCAAUAACUGCCUUAACAACAAACAAUAUACGUCUCUCAUUUGCUUAAGUAAAUGUAGAUGAUCGCACUUCAUCCGCUAGACAAAAAAGUUGUGCAAUAGCUGCUUGUGUAAGACACCAGGCAAGAGAUUGAUUUC